AUGUCCGCACCCCAGCUCUCGUCCGCCAAGCUCUGCUUCGUCGGCGGCGGCAACAUGGCCGCCGCCAUCAUCGGCGGCCUGCUGGCCAAGGACAUCCCCAAGGCCAACAUCUACGUCUCGGAGCCCUGGGAGGUCAACCGCAGCAAGAUGGCCGCCCUCGGCGUCCGCACCAGCGAGUCCAACGUCGAGGCCUCGGCGCAGGCCGACCUCGUCGUCCUCGCCGUCAAGCCCCAGGUUGCCGAGACGGCCUGCCGCGAGCUCGCCGCCGCCUGGGCCGGCCGCGGCGCCCUGCCCCUCGUCAUCUGCAUCGCCGCCGGCAUCCCCAUCCGGAGCCUGCAGGCGUGGUCCGCGACGCCCGACGGCCGCACCCCGCACGUCGUGCGCGUCAUGCCCAACACGCCCGCGCUCGUCGGCGAGGGCGCCUCGGGCCUCUACGCCGGCGCCGACGUGUCCGAGUCGGAGCGCAGGCUGGCGACCGAGCUGCUCGAGAGCGUGAGCAACGCCACCGAGUGGGUCAGCAAGGAGGAGCUGCUGGACGUCGUCACUGGCCUGUCAGGUAAGAAAGGGCGCCCCUUUCAUAGACAGUGCAACUCGUUCUUGCUCGUGCGCGGACUCUAUGCUGACCAAAGAAUGUUACUAGGAUCCGGCCCGGCCUACUUCUUCGCCAUGGUCGAGCACCUCAUCUCCAGCGCUACCGCCCUCGGCCUGCCCCAGGAGCAGGCCGCCCGCCUGGCCAAGCAGACCUGCCUGGGCGCGGGUAAGAUGCUCGUCGAGUCGUCCGAGGACGCGGGCCAGCUGCGCAAGAACGUCACCAGCCCCAACGGCACCACGCACGCCGCGCUGGUGAGCUUCGAGAACUCUGGCUUCAAGGAGAUUGUGGACAAGGCCGUCAAGGCCGCGACCGACCGUGCCCAGGAGCUGGGUAAGUCGGCUUAG